CUCGGCUCAUACUGGCAAUUUGCCUCCCGAAUCAACAUGGGGGCAUGCUGUGCUAUGUUGACCUGUGCCACAUCGCGCUCACUUGCCGUUGCCUUUCUCGUCACUCCCUAACCAUCUUUCCUACCUGCCUGUGCAAUCCGUUAUUCUCGCCCUUGCACCCUCCUAGGUGACUAUGAUGCGACUUGGGGCUCGUGGCAGAGCCGUGACCCCUCCCAAACCACCGACUUCUCCAGCCUCAACCUCCUCUGCCACAGUCUUCACUCCUUGUUAUCCCAAGUCGGAGGCUGACAAGUCAGCGUCCCGGCCACUUCCUACCCGUCAGUUGCUUAUUUCGGAUGACCGGCUGUGUAGCGAACCAAUUUUGGCAUUUGACGAGGAGCUGCACAACGCAAGUUACAAUCCGCUUCCGGGAAACGAUCUGCCGCAACGACCCAAUGGGUUCACCGACCCAUAUCUUAUGCCGUCCCUGGCGAGGAAUGAACGACUUCGACUGACCAUGCUGUGGUACUAUACUCGCGGUCUCGAUGGAGACCGUGAAUUCGUGCAGCUGCUACAAGAGAAGCUGGAUCUGGUUCAGACUUUCGUGCAGUGGGACUUCGCGAUAUUAGGGCUGCUUAGCGAAGAUAUGUUCACUCGGGUGGCUGCAUCUGGCAUGCCUACGGCUAUCGUUCCUCGUCGGGAGAGCACCUGCUCCCACACAAUCAACCAAGAGCCAGGAGCUGUCUUCAAAUUACCCAACAUGGCGGGCGACUGGCGAUUCCAGGCAUCUCCUCCCGUCGCGCAAGGCGGCCUUGGUAGUUACGCCGGGGUGCCACUCCGGUGUAUGACCCCAACGGGCGAACAGGUUGCCCUCGGAAGCCUUUGCGUGGCCUCCAACUCGGCACAUGCACAUCUCACUCCGAGUCAAGAAGCUGCCCUCAUCGCUUUCGGAGACAUGCUCGUCACAGAUAUCGUUAAUCGUUCGCGUUAUGAACGACGACAGCAGCGCACCAACAUGGCACAGCGCCUUGCAGAGUCCCUUCUUGGCGAUCCGGACAAUGCCGAGACACGCAUCUUAGAUCUUGUGCGUGAAUUUUAUCCCGACGCUUCUGUUGAUAUACUUGAGGCUCCCGACAACACAAUCCCGCUACCCAGGCAUCAUCCUGUGGAUGUGAGUAGUAUUCACGAAGGCCUGUGGGAAGAUACAGAGUUCAUCGACGAGCUCAUCAGGACGGCGAACUUUACGAGGAUCAACACAUCAAAGACUGUACGAGCUAUUGCCCACCAUUGCCAGAACUUCCCUUAUCAAAGGUUCCUCGUUGUGGCUUCGAGUCACGUCCAGGUCGUGUUUGAUGAUGUGGAUUCAUGGUUCGUCGAAAGGUGCGCCACAUCUCUUGCCACAGCAUUUCAGGAAAGAAGCUUGAGAGAGGCCAUGAAGGCAAAGGACCAGUUCAUCAGAGGGAUCACCCACCAACUACGGACCCCCAUUCAUGGGGUCCUGGCGUCUUGCGAGCUUCUUAGUGAAGAACUGGCUGCCCGCAACGAACUCAGAGAAGGUACGGUUGGGAAUGAAACAAACCCGUCGUCCUUCAUCAAAACCAUCAGAGACUCGGGAAGACAACUGAUGAUGACGGUAAACAAUAUCCUCAAACUCAACUAUUGGUCAGAGACCAUCGCAACUAGGCACCACUUCGGCCUACAAUCUCUUGCCCACCUGGAAGAGGACAUCGUGCACCAGGUGAAACAGUUGGUUUCAGAACACGACUUUCCGUCGACUCCCAUCUUCUUUGAUAACCGACUGGGCAGUGAUGAAUAUCUUACCAUCAUGGAUCCGUCGCUACUGAAAGAAUGUUUACAACCCUUACUCCUUAACGCAUUGUCUAAUGACAACGAUGGCGCCGUGGCUGUUGUCAUUUCGUCACCACCUGACAAAUCUCGCUUGAUUUUUGACGUCCUGGAUGCCGGCUGUGGUAUUCCGCCAGCUGAUCAGGCCCGAAUUUUUGAGGCAUUCGAAAAGAUUGAUCCACACAGUCGUGGAGCAGGGCUCGGUCUGACCAUAGCGACGAAAAUAGCCGCCUCGAUGAACGGCAAUGUGUCUUUAGUCUCGUCAUCGCAAGACCCAGACAACCAUGGCUCUCACUUUCGCGCCGAACUUUGCGGACCCGAACUCACACGAGACACCGCCCGUCAGUCGCGGACAUUGGAAUCCCUUCAACACAUACCUCGUCGGUUCCGGAUUGCUGAUACUCCCGAUCAACGCUCUCAAUUGAUUUUGCAUUUCGCGAGCUUCCUCGAGCAUCGGGGGUUCGAACGAGUGGACGCCUGCAUGGAAGCCUUCACAAUCGUCACUUACACACCAGAUACCGUCAAAUUCCAGAGAAUACUCGACUCCUUGGAGCAUGGGCAACGCUUAAUCUGCUUGACUCCCACAGGCUUGGAAGAUGUGCGGGACGACAGGGUUCACUUUCUCUCCGGCCCUUUCUUUUCAGCGCGUCUGCACGAAGUCCUCCAAGAACUCGACAAGGCAUACAAAAUCCAAAAUCUCAAAAGCGAAAACAAUCUGUCAGACGGUCCUCAAGUCCACGAGAACGAUGGACUACACCGACUGUCAGCGCUUCAGAUUGCAUCACCGCCAACCCAACCACCAGAGAUUGAUCCUGUUGCACUGCUAGUGGACGACAAUAUUGUGAAUCUACGUAUUCUGCAAAUGUACUGUGAGAAGCGGAAGAUAACUUACAGCACGGCAAUCAAUGGCAUAGAGGCUGUGGACCGAUUCGAGAAGUCUUUAUCAGAUUACCGGCCGAUCAAUCUCAUCCUCAUGGACUUACAAAUGCCUCUUUGCGACGGCGUUGAAGCAACUCGGCGGAUUCGCGACAUUGAAAAGAAGAACCAGCAUGCGAGUUUCCACAGUCGCAUUUUUAUGAUUACAGGUCAAGACUCCCCCGAAGACAAGGGUUUAUCCUUCUCAGCCGGCGCAGAUGCCUUUUAUGUUAAGCCAACGGGUAUAAAGGCCCUUGACAAAGGCAUUGGAGAGCAUUUCCCGGGGUUUCUAAGAAAGAUUCCGCUUGUUAAGCCAAAGAUAGAAAGAUGAGGUCACGUGGAAUUUGAUGAUUACGUUCUCAAUUCUUGAACCCUGCAAACAAGAUUAACACGGAAAGGCCCAGCGUUGUCGAAU